AUGGAAGUAGUGAUGAAGUCAAGUGAGGUUAUCAAGCCCUCAUCGCCGACGCCAUCUCACUUUCGCCGCCACUACCGCUCCUUCAUCGACCAAACCAAUCCCAAAUUCUUCAUGCCCACCAUUUACUACUACCCACCGCCACCGCCGAAUAACAUGAACAACGAUCCCAUCGCCGCAAACGCCGGAAGAAUUGACCUUCUCAAGCGAUCCCUCGCGGAUGUGCUCACCUCUUUCUAUCCCUUUGCAGGCCGAGCCACCGAUCCCUCCUUCAUUGACUGCGACGAUUCCGGCGUCGAGUUUACCCAAUCUAUAGUACUCAACCGCUCCGUCAACGACGUCAUCGCCGAUAAAAACGCAGAACAACUCAAUCGAUUCUUGCCUUUCUUGACGGGGAUCACCGGCGGCGUCCAUGACGACGAGAGGCUCUUGGGCGUUCAAGUCAACAUUUUCAAGUGCGGGGGGUUGGCCAUAGGAUUUAGUCGGUCCCACAGCAUCUGCGAUGCUUUUUGUUUUGUCAAUUUCGUAAACUCCUGGGCGAGAUUGGCACGCGGAGAAGAGAUAACUCCUCCGACCACCAUUUCCGCUUCUAUAUUCCCACCCGUAAACAACCUACCAAUGUUCGGAAACAACAACAACUCCUCCUCCUCCGAUAUUAAUGAUGAUGAAAACAACAAGAAUGAAGGCAAGAAGGUGGUUGUGACCAAGGUUUUCCGAUUCAGUGACGCAUCCAUAUCUUCACUAAAAGACAAGUAUUCUGAGCCGCCUGAUCUAAUCCCGACCAGUGUGGAGGCCUUAUCAACAUUCAUAUGGACACGUUUCUACGAAACCAAGAAAAAACAGAGUAGCAGAUACGUUAUAACUCAAAUGGUGAAUCUCCGGAAGAAGGCCGACCCGGGUUUGAAGCUAGAUUCGUGCAUCGGGAACAUGGUCCAGUCUGUGGUGGUGCAUCCGGACUUAGAGCUAGUAGAUGGAUCUUCGGGUUACGGCAUUGUGAGGAGGAUGAGGGCGGCGAUAAGGAAGUUCGACGGCGAGUACGUAAAGAAGCUACAGAAAGGUGAUGCGAGCUUGUUUUUUGAGGGGUUGUUGGAUUCGUUCAAAGAAGGAACUUCGAUAUUCGUGUUUAGCAGCACUAAUAGGUUGCCAUAUUAUGAUGCGGACUUCGGGUGGGGAAGACCCAUUUGGGUUAGCUCCGGUCACAUUGAUUUCAGCAAUUUAGCAUUUAUGUUUCCUACGGAGUCUGGAGAUGGAGUUGAGCUUUGGCUCAAUAUGAAGGAAGAUGAUAUGAAGGAGCUUCAACUCGAUCAACAAUUUCUCAACGUUAUCUCCUAAUUACCACUCUCCACCUACCUCUGA